AUGAAAUUGACGAAGGAGAAAGAUGAGUAUACCGGGAGAGGCAGCGGUUUUGCGCUAGAGUCAAUAGACGGGUUGUUGUUGGCGGUAUACAAAUAUACUCCACUGGGCGGUUCCUCCUAUAUUCAGCUGCCGGAAUAUAUCAACAGGAAGCGAGGUACCAUCAACCCACAAAAUGUUGAUCAACAGUGUUUUAAGUGGGCAAUUUUAGCGAGACAUGUUACGGGACCGACAGCAUUUCGUGUGGAGGGAGCUAGAUAUAGCCAGCAUGAGAACAAAUAUAAUUUUGAAGAUAUAUCGUUCCCUACUCCACUGUCUGAUAUUUCAACAUUUGAAAAAAAUAACAAAAAUGUAUCUAUUAACGUGUACGGCCUUGACAAGAAGUUUCAAGUACCGAAAUUGCCAAGGUAUGAGGUCUACCCGCUACGUGUAGUCGACGUGGAGAAGGUAAACCAUUUUGACCUGCUGUUGGUGACGGACGGAGACAACUCGCAUUAUAUAUAUAUUUCAAAUUUUUCCUGGCUCAUACGUGCAAAAAAAACUAGGCAUGAAGAGAGAGUAGUAUUCUGCAAGAGGUGUUUCACAUCAUUCGACAACCGAAAUUUAAAAUACAAGUUGAGAGGGCAGACCGCGCUGAAUCAGCAUCAACUGAUUUGCGGUGCACAUAAACCCAUUUUACCGGAAAUGCCGAAGGAGGGUGAUUGUGUUGAGUUCAGGGCGUGGAAAAACACGGUGAGGCACCCGUUUGUAAUUUACGCGGAUUUCGAGGCGAUCUUGGAGGAGGCGAGAGGGGGUAGUACCACGAUUACCCAAAAACAUGAAGCGAUGAGCUACGGUUUUUUGGUGAAGACGAGCGAGGACGUGCCGGCGGAUUUAUUGGUUCAACACGAGAUACCGGCGGGGCCGGUAAUCUACAGAGGCAGCAAAGACAGGACGGACGUGGCGAGACAUUUCAUGGAGUCGAUUGUUGAUGUGGCCCGGAAAAUUGAAGGUCUAAUGAAGACGAAUAUUCCUUUAAUCAUGACCGAGGGUGAAGAAAAAACACAUCAAGAGUGUAAUGCGUGUAACUUAUGCAAAUGCAUAUUAGUCGGGGGCGAUAAGGUUAGGGAUCAUGACCAUCUCACGGGCAAAUUUAGGCAGACCUUGUGCUCCAGGUGUAACCUGGAGUUGUAG